AUGGCGCCCGCGGCCCUCCGCCUCCUCCUCGCCAUCCUCUGCCUCGGCUCGCGUCUCGCCAGGGCGGCAGCGGCGGGGUGCGGAUCGAACACGAGCCUAGCGGGGUACAAGGCGGACCUGCGCAUGUCGCAGCACCAGCUCCGCGGCCGCGUGGAGGUGCUCGACGGCUGCUCGUUCCGCGUCGCUGCGCUCGACCUCCUGCCGGGCUCCACCUCCACGCGGUGGUGGCGCGCGGAUGGGACCGACCUCGACUCCCUAUCGCGCGGCGAGCCCGCGGCAGCCGAGCCGCUGGACCGCACCUUCCGGUCCGAGUCCCUUGUGUUCCGCCUCCUCCCGGGCCUUUCGUGGCCGCUCGUCCCCGUCCUCGCGGCCUUCGACCCCGUCACUUCCUCCCUCUUCGGCUUCGUGCGCCUCUCCGGUGCCAACGCCUCCGAUUCAUCCUCCUCGUCCGCGGCGUCGGCGCCCACCAUGCUCGACUCCUGCGCCCAGCUCUCCCCGCGCUUCCGCGUGCGGUGGACGCUCCACGAGGCGAACAAUUCCAUCGACAUCGCCCUCGAAGCGGCGGUCGGAUCAGAGUACUACAUGGCGUUCGGGUGGGCGAAGCCUGGCGCGGCCAAGCCGUCCGUGAUCGGCGCCGACCUCGCCGUCUCCGGCUUCACCGAGGACGGCCUCCCCUUCGCCGAGGACUACUACGUCACCAAGUACAGCGAGUGCCUGCUGCGCAAGGACGGCCUCGUCGAGGGCGUCUGCCCGGACACGAUCUACGACCGCGACAACACCACCGGGCUCGUCAACAACACGCGGCUGGUCUACGGCCACCGCCGCGACGGCGUCUCCUUCGUGCGCUUCUCGCGCCCGCUGGUGUCCGAGGACAAGAGGUACGACGUCUCCGUGGACGGCACCAGGAACAUGACGGUGAUCUGGGCGAUCGGGCUGCUGCGGCCGCCGGACUCGCUCCGGCCGUACUACCUGCCGCUGAUGAGUCGCCGCAGCGGGUCUCCGGGGACGGCGUUCACCUUCGCCAAGCUCAACUUGUCGGACGCGAGCAACGGGUGCGUCGGGCCGCUGGACGCUGAGGACAAGGAGGAUCAGGCCAGGAUCACGACGGAGCGCAACACGCCGCUGGUUGUGACGGUUGGACCGGCGCUGCAUUACCCCAAUCCGCCCAACCCCGACAAGGUGCUCUACAUCAACAAGAAGGAGGCGCCUCUGCUCAAGGUGGAGCGCGGCGUGCCAGUCACCUUCUCCAUCGAGGCCGGGCACGACGCGCCACUCUACAUCACUUCUGACCCCGUCGGAGGCAAUGCCACUUUCAGGAACGCGUCAGAGAUAAUCUACGCCGGUGGACCCAAGGCAGAGGGCGUGCCGGCUACACCAACAGAGCUCGUCUGGCUGCCUGAUCGGAACACGCCGGACCAAGUGUACUACCAAUCCUUGUACGAUCCGAAGAUGGGCUGGAAAAUUCAGGUCGUCGAUGGAGGCCUCAGCGACAUGUACAACAACAGCGUGCUACUGGAUGAUCAGCAGGUGACAUUCUUCUGGACUCUCUCUGGUGACUCCAUUAACAUUGCUGCACGGGGUGAGAAGAAGAGUGGAUACCUUGCAAUUGGAUUUGGUAGCGCAAUGGUAAAUAGCUAUGCUUAUGUCGGGUGGGUCGAUGGCAAUGGCAAGGGGCAUGUCAAAUCUUAUUGGAUCGACGGGAAGGACGGGAUGAGUGUGCAUGAAACACAUGAAAAUGUUACACAUAAGCGAUGCCGAUCGGAAAAUGGUGCGGUCGUAUUUGAGUUCACUCGUCCAUUAACACCUUCAUGCAGCGGAAGGGUGGAGUGCAAGAACAUAAUCGAUCCGACGACUCCUCUGAAGGUCAUCUGGGCCAUGGGUGCUCAAUGGUCACCGGGCCCCUUAAGUUUGAAGAACAUGCACUCGGACACAAGCAAUCGUCCUAUCAGGAUUCUUCUGCUGAGCGGCCUGGCUGAAGCAGUGGAGGACCUCCGCCCGGUGCUUGCUGUUCAUGGGUUUAUGAUGUUUGUGGCAUGGGCUAUUCUGCUGCCAGGGGGAAUCAUGGCUGCGAGAUACCUGAAACAUCUGAAAGGCGAGGUCUGGUUCCAGGCUCACACCUAUCUUCAGUACUCAAGCAUAGCUGUCAUGUUCUUGGGUGUUCUGUUUGCGGUCGCUGAGCUCCGAGGUUUUUCUUUUAAAUCCAGACAUGCUCGAAUUGGCGCAGUAGCAUUGACAUUCGCAUCUAUGCAGCCAAUAAAUGCCUAUCUUCGACCGCAUAGAACCGAGAAUGGAGAGUCUCUGCCUGGAAACAGAGUAGUUUGGGAAUAUCUGCAUGUUCUGACCGGGAGAUCUGCAGCGCUUGCUGGUACCGUGGCGCUCUUUACUGGUUUGCAGCAUCUUGGGCACAGAUAUGGCAGUAAGACCAUCAAGGGACUUACAUGUGGGCUGAUCUUAUGGGUUAUAAGCGUUACUUUGGUAACCGCUUACCUUGAGUAUAUGGCGAUUAAGCGAAGAACAGCAGGUGCUGAUGGUCCUUCAGGAAAAUGGGUGCUUGGCAGCAGUGAGGAAGAUGAUACAGUCGAUCUUUUGCAAUCUGACAGGGUAGUCAGUAAAAUGGAGUCUAAUUCGUCACCUGAACCAAUGGAAGUACAGCUUGAGCCACUUAAAAGAUGA